AUGACGAGCGAAAACCUCUCGGUGUGCACGCGCUACCAAACCUUACUCCUGCACUUGAAAUCCUUGCAAUCGUACGAGUAUCUUUUAAUAAGAAGCAAGAAAAGAGAAGAAGAACCUUUAAACGAUGACGGAGAGGAAAUCACCAACUUUGCAACGGCGCUCGAAUCGACGUUUCCGAUUUUGAACAAAUACGCUUUGUGUUUACAACGACCGAUGGAAAUUUCCGGUAAAAACGCGCGCGAGAGAAACGAAGUGAUGCAGUCUCGCGUGGCCGUGAUCCCUUCGACCGGUGUGAGUGUGCCUUUAGGGGAUAUCGACGUCGAGAAUGCGAUUUUGAUUUCAGACCAGUUCAACGUCUCGGAGUUUCACGCGAUAGAGGCGUUGGCGGGAAGCGCGGGGAGAAUCGCCCCGGCGAGAGGAGGCGACGAAGACGACGCAGAAACAACGAGACUGUUUGCCGCCGGGAACAUCUUUCAGGAACGCGCGAGCUGUUUGGAAAGUUUGAGCGUUUUGUUGAGGGCGAGGCAAACGGUGAGAGCGUUGGAGAGAGACUCGAACUAUCGAGGCGCGAACGAGGCGAGUCGAAACGCGUUUCGAGAGUUUUCAGGGUUCGUGGACGAGGUUGUUUUGAUGGGUAAACGCUUUGAUGGUGGUCGCGAUGGGAACGCGGCGGCGGCUUCUUUGGACGAGCAGAGUUUAGCGAAUAGAUUGGCAAAGUUGAUUCGAGCGGCGCCGACGGGCGGGCCGUUGGGUGGUCAGCCGGCGCAAAGGACCGGGCAGCCUCCAGCGAUCGGGGGUGGUCUUUUCGGUGGAUUUGGAUCGCAGCAACAAAACCAACAAGUGCAGAUAAUGCAAGCGGACAAGUUUGAAAUUAUAUACGAUUCGCGCAACCGGGCAAACUUGCGCUCGGAUGUUUUAGCCAAGGAAAAGACGCAAGUCGCGGAGUUAUUAUUUUUAGCGGCAUCCUUGUCGCCGCCGUUAUCGCAAGGCGACGCGGUAGAAGUAUUCUCACUCGCCGGUUGGGCCGCAGAGCAAAUGCGGUUUCCUUCGCAAACGCCGCCGGAUUAUUUGCCGACGUGUUAUUCGACGUUAUUCGCCUCGGUAACGGCGUUGAUGUCUCCGUUGGAAGACGUGCGGAACGUUUUAGACCAAGUGCACGACCCGAAAAGAAAAAAGUUGGAAGCGUUUUUGAAGUCCAUCGAGACGACGGUAAAGUCACCAAAUCCUCCCGCGCCGUUUGCGAUCGUUCGCUUGGCGUGGUCUUGCGUUGCCAUGCGUCUUGGGUUUGAGAGCGGCGAGGAGGUCGCGAAGAGCGCGAUACGAGACGGCGCUUUCGACGCGAUGACGGCCAUUUUACAAACUGGCGCGUUUCAAGACGAUCGGGAAGAUAACAGAAGAAAUUACUUGCAUCUCGUCGCGAACGCUGUGUUAGGUGAGUUCACGAGUUUAGCUUUAGAUAGACCGACGCUAUCGAUUUCGUUAACGGACGGGACGUGUACGCCGACGUUUAUGGAACUCGAAGCCGCGAAUAGGAUUUCAAACGGGGACCUCGGCGACAGUGAAUUCGAAGAACCGUGUCCUACCAGCGCGUUGGCGUCUUUGAUGAUUGCUUUGGCAGAAACGUGUUCGCAAGAUCCUUCGUUGGUUGGUGACGAAGAGUCUGCGGCUGCUUUCAACGCCGCGACGACGUCGCCGGAUUACGACCCAGAACAGGACGAUUACGAGAUGAGUAAACAAUCACCGGCUUUACGAUUGGUAGACGCGUGCAUCGAUCUCGAGCACUCCGUAGUUUCUCUCAUGGCGCUUCUCGAUUUGUGUGCUGCGGUUUCCAAGCACGAUAUUGGAUCUAAAAUUGCCUUCAAAGUUUUAGCGAGAGGCGCCGGCGGGUGUAAUUGGGACGAAUUGUUAAAAGGGAUCACCGGCUACAUAGCGAGGUACGAUUUAUCGCGAGGCUUGGAAGAAAACACCGCGGACGGAUCGAUGCGAUCGCUAGUGAGCGAAGAAAUUGAAGGCUUGGGUGAAAAUCAACAGUACGAUCCACGAAUGGGCGAACCAGAAAUGAACGACGCCGACGUGAAAGCUUUAGAAAAGUAUUUGAAAGCAUUAGCUGCGUGCUUUUCUACGCAAGCUCGCGAAUACGAGGAAAGUAGAGGUGAGACCGGCGCGAAAGCAUCAUCGUCUGGGCGAGAGCAACACAAACAACACAAACAAAACGAUUCGAAUGACAACAACGACGGCAAUAAUACCAUCGGGACAUCCUCUAGAGGCGGUUCGUUUGAUCAAGUCGGCGCGGCUGCCUUGGAGGCUGCCAGAGGCGAAGAUCCGAGACGAAGAUGGAUUCGGUACCUUGAGGAACGCAUGGAUAUGGAUUUGUGCGAAGCUCUUUUGAAUCUGUACGUCGACCCGGUUCCGCCAAAAAUGAAAGCAGCGCUCUUGAAUUGCAUCCAGUCGCUUUGCGAAGGGUGUGUCCAGAAAACGAACGAUGCUUGGGGAUUUCUCGAAAUGAAAGGCGCUUUACACGUUCCCACGCCAGUGGACGCGAGAGUUGAUCUCAAAGACGUUUCUUCUGCCUUGACCAUUGUGCCCACACUUCCAGGCUCAAACAUGGACGUGGCUUAUCAUUACUAUCAAACGGAACGAAACCAUAGUCAAUACGAGGGAACUUUAGCGUAUGCGAGGUUUUUUAACUUUGCGUUGGAGACGACAAAAGAUGCGGGAUAUUUGGACGGUGCUCUCGAUAUGGAUUCGGCGGGCGCGUGCUCGUUUAAUGGACGAUCAGCGUGGCAUCACGCGAGGUUUUUGAGAUUUGAUGUCUUUGGACAGCUCCAAAGCAGACGACACGUGGAAGAUUCAGAACGAUGGAUGUUAGCUGGCGAGUGCUUGCGCGCAUUUCAGUCGUGCUUAGAACUCUACGACGUCGCCGACGAAGAAGAGAAGAUCAUUCCGAUUAAAACGAGUUCAAACAGGGGACAAUUCAACGAUCAUGACAGGCAACCGUUAGAGAUUGGAUUCAACGUAUCUUUGCCUUUAGCAGCGGCGGGUGAGAUGCGCGACCGUCUCGAGCUCAUAGCUCGAGACUCCGUACCACCCGGCCGCGAUUUGAUUCUCGAUUUUCUUCACGAUGGAAUCACGUUUCGAGGUAUCUUGGACGUCAUCUCUGUCGGCGCAGAGCGCUUGAGUCGAGAGCGAUCAAAACCGUACGGUGAAUCCCUCGAAAACGCCGUGUUACGAUCUUUGAACGUCCUUUCCACGGCUUUAACUAUGGAUCUCGAGCACUUGGAGCGUUUACACGAUGCCAAGCGCGAUGUUGGAUUUAAAGCGUUGGACGUCUAUUUAGUUUUCAGGGAGGACGGUCAACGCUUUGCGGAUAUUGUGUCUUAUUGUCAAUACCCCUUUAAUCCUUCACUCGCGCUCGCGGCUUUGGAGAUUGCCACGGAAAUCUCUCGUCGCGUCGACGGUUUACCGAGGAUGCUUCGACCGGAAGUGCGAGCGGGAUUGAUCGAAGGCUGUUCGACGUUGUUGGAACAAUCCUUUUCCUUACAACCUCCUGCAACUAACGAUAUGUAUGAAAGUGGUGACACGUAUCGAUCCGAUCGCGAACUCUUCGCAGAAGCAUGUGGCGAAAGCGUUUUGAAUUUGAUCGACGAAAGCAUCGCGUCGCAUCCUUCACCGAACAUGGCGGAGUUACUGCUCGGAUUUGACAUCACUGGUGCCUGUAGAACGACGCCUUUGCGACCGGAUCUCGAGUUUACGUGCUCGACCGUACUCAUUGAAUGUCUCGAAUCGAGUCCGCCAUCGAUGGCGGCUUCGUUCGUGGUUCCGUUGCGGGCGCCUGAAAUAGGGAUGAAGAUUUUGUUCGAGUGUUCUCGACGGUUCGAGACGGCACCGAGUACGCUCGAUUUUCUUCGAUCAUGGAACGCUUUUCCAGUGUUGGUAGACGAUGCAUGUCGCGCUGCGAUGGCGAGUAAUGACACGAAUCAAAUCGCAAGCUGCAAAGUACUCGAAAAACGCAUCUCCGUCGCCGCUCACAAGGCGUGGAUUUUCGAAUUGGCGACGAAUAUGCUCAUCGCGGAUUCUCCGUCGCGCAAAAACCAACGAAGUGAAGGCGAGGUUCCAACGUGGGUUGUGGAUAUCGUCGACGCUAUGUUGGCGUUGCGUCGACGCGAUCAGUACGAGCAAGACGCGAUCGACGGUCGUGUACCUGCGCUCGAUGCGGCGUUGACUCUCGGUGAAUCCAUCGACAACGUUUUGGUCUCUCGGACCAUCUCUCGAAUCUCGUCCGAGGUAAAGCGAACUAUCGACGAGUUGGACUGCGAAAAGUAUUUGAAACCAGGCGGAGGCUGUGAAAGAACUUCGAGUCGAGGCGAUAUCGUUACGGAUGUUGGGAAACUCAAGCGCAAAUUACUCGCGGAAGCCGUUGCGCGCGACGAUGACGGAUCCAACAGACAAGGGAGAUCAUCGCGAACGACGAAUAGUCCAGGUGACGGACUUUCGGGAGUAUCUUUAGCGCUCAUCGACGAGAGCGAUGCGUACGCUCAAAGCAUCCCAAGACUCGUUUCGCGAAAUCGAGAACGAGCUAUAUUAGCUGCAGCGGAAAUUGCUAUAGCGAAAAAUCUAGAGAUUGAAGACUCGAAUGCGCGACGUCGCGCUUUUGAGGCGUGGGAGACGUGCGUCUCGACGGCUAUUUGUCGCGCGUUGCCGUCGGCGGAGUUUGUGCAAGCUAUGAACGGUACUUACGAUCAACUCAUAAACAUCGAAGGCGGCAGUGGAGAAGACCAGAUGACCGCGUUGCGAAGCCGUCCGAGAACCGAUCGCGCGUUUCUCGCGUACGAAGUUUUGGAUGGUUGCAUGCGCCUUUUGAACGAUUCGAACCGGGGCGGCGGCUCGGAUUCUCCCAAAUCUAUCGCGUGCUGCGCGCUCGCUGCAAAGAUCAUGAAGAAAUUGACGUACUUUGCGAAGGAGAAGCUUGAAGAUGCCGCACCGCUAUCGGUGUCCGCGUGUCGCACGACUUUGCGCGGUAUCUUUGGAUCCUUAACGCAUAGAUUUCGCGUCAAUGCGGCUUCGAGGAUGCGGUUGAUCGAUUGCUUGAGAGAAUACUUGGAAUACUGCAGAAGGAUUCGCGAGGACCCGAGGUCUUCGAGCUUCCUAGAGAGCAAGAAAGCACGAAAAAGCUCCGAGUUUCAAAACGGAACAAUGGGUUAUCCAGACUCCGUACUUCUCGAUGGCGACGUGGAGAAGGCAAACGCGGAUAUAAUUCGUCGCGAAGCCGGUUUGAUUUUGGAACAACUCUCCAGAGACGUUUCUCACGGCAGCGAAGAGGCUCGAGCGGCAGCGGCUGAUGCUUUGGAAGCUAUACUCACGGCGGUUUGCGUCACGACGACGACGACGACGACGUCGUCAAGUAGUGAACCGUCCUCUUCGAAUUUUGGUUUCGCGAGCAGUGCGAACGUUUCCACGUCUUCUUCGACAAACUUGGAAAGGGAGUACGUGCGACUCGGGAUAUUCUCUCGAGCGUGCGAUAUCAUUGCCAGUUCGAAGAUGUCCGAACUCGCGCUCGAAACGAGUUACGCGGAAAGUCGCUUUAAAACGACGCUGAGUUCAAUUAAAUUACUCUUGACUGCAUCUAUCGCGUGUCCAAACGCAAUUGCGUUCAAUGAACCAAACAAUAACAUCCUUGGCGCGUUUGAUGCCUUGAUACAUUGCGAUACUUUGGACGCUUACGCAGACGUGAACGGAGCGGCGUGCGCGGAGUCGAGCGCGAAAGCCGGUACGCCGAUUGCGCCCUUACCGCUCUCGAGAAGACGGCAUCACGAAAUUUUCGUCAACGCGUUGAGAGUGAUUCAUUCUUUGUUGAAGUCUGCGCAAGUUGAAGACGAUGAAGACGUCAAGAAUGCUAAAUACGACAUCCUCGCCGGCGAAAAUAUUGACGGAAAGAAUCAAACGUACGAGCAAAAGCAAAGGAAGCGGGAAGAAUUUUUCAAGCACGUUCAGCAGAGAAGAGAAGCGGUGUACGCCGCCGUGGUCCAAAAGACUGAACAGUUCAUCGAUAGACACAGAGACGUUAUCGCGCGAGCACUCGCCGAUCGCGCGUUGGUGCCUCACGUGGCUGAUUUGAGCGAGCUCGAGGCAUCUUUGUGCGUCGUCUCUUCGCUCUUGAAGAUUUCUCCGAACGAUUCGCCCAAAUUGCGAGAGACGCUCGAUCACGUGACGGUUCGAUUUUGCGGACCAGAGUCGCCGAUGGAUAAGUAUUUGAAGUAUUGCAGAGAUGCAGAAACAAGAGAAUUGACUGGGAAAGGGAACCGUAUUUAUGAUGAUGAUGAUGAUGAUAAAGAGGACGAUUACAAUAACAACAUCAACGAACAGGAUUAUUACGGCGUUCGCGAGGCGCGAAGGCAAGAAAAGAUUGCGAUGCAUGCAAAGCAAACGCGAAUCAUUCGCGAAUCUGCAGAAAAUCUUUUGCGAGGUUCGCGCAUUGUUCGCUCGACGACGUGUAAAGCGCAGCGAGAUUUACUCGUACGCAAUAAACGUCCGUCGUUACAAGUGUCCUCGAUAACUUCUUCUUCGAUGAACGCCGGCGCCGCGCCAACGUUGUCGAUGUUUGCGAGCUUAGCUUCGGAUGUUGGAAGAGAGUUACUCGUCGAGCUUCGCGCGAGGGACGAGAUUAUUAGAGAAGCGAAACGUGCCGAUGGCAUUUACGAAGAAGAAGAAGAAGACGGAGAUGAGAAUAAUAAUGAAGAAGACGAUGGAGAAGAUGCGUUGUACGAUGAAAACGAAAACAUCCACGGCGCGCUUCUGGAAAAGAAUUCUUUCGUACCUUCCGACGCCGAAACACGAUCGGUUCUGGCUACAAAAGACGGUGCGAUUGCAAUCCUCCUCGAAACUUUCGAGGCGAGUCUAGAAAUCGUUCUCUUACACGCUAAAGCGAGCCGAUUGGAGGAUUCGAGCGCGUCUUCCGCCUUUGCUCGAGAAAAGAAGGACGCGAACUUCCUCUCGACGAGUCGUCGCCACCACAACGUUCUAAACAACGUCCUCGUGCGCGAAUCGCACGAAUACGUCCGCACGUCCGCUUUUAGCCGCCACGACAUCGAACAGCUCUCCCAUCUCUCCUCCGCUGCGUUAACUUCUAUCGACAAAGCCACCAAGAGAAGGCGCAAGUACAUCUUCUCUUCCAACGCUCGCUCGUUUCUUCGCGCGAAACGACUCGCCGAAAACGUCAAAGUCGUCUUAUCCGUAACCAGCGAAAUGAGGUCCAUUUUGCAGCAACAACAAAAUCAACAAUACCAAAGAGUCAAAUGGUUCAACGCGAGUAAAGGGUUCGGGUUUAUCAUCCCGGACGACGGGAGCGAGGAAAUCUUCGUCCACCAGUCGCACUUGAAAGCGGAAGGAUUUCGCAGUUUACGAGAGGUACGAGAUACGCUUUUUGGCUUCUUCCCCGAAAAAAGGGCGGGCGUUUUUUUUUCCACGCGCUUUCCCUCUUCAAAGGUCCACGUGGAAAACAGGAGGAGGACUUUUUCCUUUUCCUCAUUCCUUGUCUCGUUCUUUGUCCAUCAGCAAUUAGUAUUCUCCUCGCGAACGGAGGGGAAAGGACGGGAGGAAACCCCCAAGAAGAGUCGUUUUAUUGUUUGCUGCGGUGGCAUUUUUCUUUUUUUGAGAUACGAGGCACUGACACACUUUGGCGCUCCUCAAACGAAUACAACUAUACAGAGCGAAAAGGUAGAAUACGACGUGGACGCGACCGAAGGCGAAAAGACGAAAGCAAUCAACGUGACUGGACCAGACGGGUCGAACGUGUUAGGUUCAAAACGGCUGUAUCGCAAGCAUAAAGGAGGAGGGAGUGGAGGGCCGGACGGCGAGGAGGCUCCGGGAGAACCGGAAGCGCAUUGA